AUGUGUCCUGACUCAGGCCUCAACCUCCCCAUCUCCGAUAAGCCUAUCGUAGGCGCCCUCAGCUUCCAGGGCUUCCUCAUUCUCGCCGGUGGCAUUCUGACAAUGACAUCCUGCUCCAUGUCCUUCUACCAGAUCUUCCGCCACGCGACGAACUACACCAAACCGCCCGAGCAAAGACAAAUCAUCCGCAUCUGCCUCCUCGUCCCAAUCUACACCCUCUCCUCCUUCCUCUCCAUCGUCUUCUACAAACACCACGUCUACCUCGCCGGCAUCUACCUCCUCUACGAGGCCUGCGCCCUCGUCGCUUUCUAUGCCCUCUGCUGCGCGUACCUCGACACUGACCACCACCGGCUCGCCACGUCCUGGGAUAAGGACGGGCUGAAGAAGUGGUUCUUCACAAGGCCGUUUGCGGCGUGUGUGCCGGCGCUGAAGGGGUCGUAUUAUGACCAGCCGGCGGCGAAUGCUGGGUGGAGACGAUUUAAUAGGAUGUGGCUUUGCAUUUAUCAGUACCCCUUCAUGAAGCUCCUGGUCACGAUCGCGACGUACGCUACUGAGAGCAUGGGCGUGCUUUGCUCCGAGGAGGGCGGGACGAAGUAUGCGGACUUUUGGCUGCACACUGUCGUCUCAGUCGCCAUCCUCAUCACGGCCAUGCACUGCCUGUUCCAAUUCUACUACCAGUCGCAGGAGCUGCUGGAGCCGCACAAGCCCGUCCUCAAAUUUCUCGCAAUCAAGAUUGUGGUCUUCCUGUCGCUGAUGCAAGGGUUCGUCCUCGACGCAAUCGUCGGACGCGACGACCAGCCCCUCGGCCCCACAGACGCGAUAACCUACCCCUCGCUCGCGAUCGGCGUGCCGAACCUACUCCUCUGCCUCGAGAUGUUCGGCAUCGGAAUCAUGCAUCUGUACGCGUACCCGUGGGCUCCGUACGUCGCCCGCAACGGCGCGGGGGUUCUGGCGGCGAUAGAGAAUGACGGAGACGAAGACGGCGGCAAGAGGGGCUCGGCCGUGGUAAAUGUGUCGGCAGAGGAUGCGCAGAGUCAGGGCGGGUUCUUGGGCUGGAAGGCGUAUGUUGACGCGUUAAACUUUUCUGACUUUGCGGUUGCGUUGUAUCGCGGUGUGGGUUGGGUGUUUAUGAGGGAGCCGGGCCGGGUUUGA